AUGGUUCUCUGGAACCAGAAACUGGACAUUCUGGUGCUGCUCGUGUUACUGGCAGCCAGGGGCUCCGAAGAGCUGAAUCGUACUCGCCUCUCCCUGCUGGGGCUCUUUCCUAGCAGCUGCCUGAUCGAUGGCAGGAACUUGACAGCGGGUGUCCUGCCUGCUGUGCGCUUGGCCCUGCAGCACUUGCGCAGGCAUUCGUGGAUUCUGAAGAACUAUGAGCUCCAGGUUUCCUUCCACGACACGCAGGAACCAUAUGGAGAUGUGACAGAGAGGAGACUCCUUCGAGAGAAACUGAAAUGUAAGGACUUCAAGUGGUUCUUGGAGAAUGUGUAUCCAGAGCUUCAUGUACCUGAGGACAGACCAGGCUUCUUUGGCAUGCUGAAGAACAGAGGAAUGGCCAACUUCUGCUUUGAUUAUAAUCCUCCAAAUGAACACGAAAUAACUGGACACAGGGUCAUACUAUACCCAUGUCAUGGCAUGGGACAAAAUCAGUUUUUUGAGUACACAUCCCAUAAUGAAAUACGCUACAAUACUCGACAGCCUGAAGCCUGUGCAGCAGUUAUUGCAGGGACUGAGUAUUUGACAAUGAAUUUGUGUCAAGAAAAUAUUCACCAUGUUCCUGAAAACCAGAAGUUUGCUUUCAGAGAGGAUGGUACUUUGUUUCAUAUGCAAACUCAGAAGUGCUUACAAGCAGAGUCAAAUUCCUACAAUGGUAAUCCAGCACCAGUAUUACGACCAUGUUCCAAUUCAGACUACCAAAAAUGGUUCUUCAAAGAAAGAAGUUGAUCCAGAUGUCAUCAGUAUAUAGCUGAAUAUGAAAACGUUCUCUUACUAGUCAGCUGAUAGUCAGCCUUUUGAAAAUUCUGUAAGUGGUAUAUUUUUAUAUGAGAAGGACAGUAAUUAGUUUAAAAGCAUUAAAUUUUGUGUUUCUGGAGCGUUAAACGGCACUAAUUAUGGAGAACUACAUUAAGUAAGUACUGUGGUUAUAUCAUGUCACAGAACCUGCUCCUCUUCAGUUCCCUUUAUUUGGCAGCUACAUGACUGUUUCUGAAGUGUCUUAGGUUCUUUUCACAAGUGACAAUGUAUUUUUUAAUCUACUGUGUGAAAGAAAGUAAGGCAGUCAAAAUAAUUGCACUAAUGUUAUCUGCCAAUAACUUAAAAUGUUUAUUUUUCUACUAAAACAUUUUGCAGUUGUGCCUUUUAACAGAUGCUAGUUAAUAUUUCUCCCCCUCUUUUAAAUACCAAGAGGGAGAAUAUAGGCCAGUUCUGCCCCUAACUGGCUACAACAGACCCCUCACUGAAGACAGUGUGGAUUUGCACAUUGAGGCAGAAAAGGUUGCAUAUUUUUGCACAAAUAACAAACUAGAUGCAUACAGAUUGCACAUGCUUGACAAUACUGUACGUUAACUGUUGUGACAAUUUUAAUUGCUCAAGGCACUUGUUGAGUUUCUAAGCAUGCUUAGAAUGCUGAUUUUGCAAGUAGUUUUUUCUCAUCUUUCUUAAAGAAAUAAGGCAACAACUCAGGGCAAAGUUGUUUAGAUAUAUGUGAAUCUAAGUGUGCAGCUGUGUCCCAGACUGCAUAGCUUACUUCAACAUUGUGUGGAUUUUCAACAUGCAUAGAACUUGCAAGAUCAAACCUAGCAACAAUUCUUUAGACAUGGGAGAUUUGUUUCAAAAUUACAGUUAGAGAAAAUGAAUCUAAGAAACUAUAAUUUUCAUUAAAUUGUAAACAUUUAAAUGUCAGUUAAAAAUUACUGGGUAAACAAAAAAUGUUUUUAUAAGUUACCAACAUGAUAUACAGCUGCUAUUAGUUAAAAAAGAAUGUUUCAGAUAUAACUCACAUUUUGCUUGGGAUCUCCUUUUCUGACAAGUUGCUCAUGGCAGCACAUAUAGUUCUAUUGAAAACAUGGAUUUUAAUCUGCUCCAGUACAAGAUGUUUACAGCUGUUAAGUGUGGGGUCUGCUUUUACCCAAUCAGACAAGUAGUGUGUAUAGCAGUCAGUGUAUUUGGUCAUUGACUAUCAUCAUUAAAGUGUUGAUUUAAUGGUUUCAACACAUAAGGGAGACUUCCUUAUCUCAGCUGGAAGUGUUUUACGCAUAGAAGUGUGAAGAUUUCAACCAUUUUUUCCCUCAAAAGUCUUGGUUUCUUCUAUUAUUUGUUCUUAUUUUCUACAAAAAAUGUACAGAACUUCCUUUGAAUCCUCAUAAGCUCAUGUCAUUUUGUCAUAUCUAUUUAUAUGAUUAGGGUGUAGGGAGAACGUUUCUUCCUGUAGUGGAUGUACAGGAGGUCCUAUCAAGAUCUAUCAAAAACCCCAUAGAUUGAAUAUUUUUGUGGAGAACUUUAAAGCUCUGUCUCUGUGGGUCGGAUUGAUGAAAUCAAUUUUAGAACUAAUAAAAUAUUUUGUAAUUCUGUAGCGUGGCAACUGUGGGAGUUUGUUUGUUUGUUUCAUAUGGUCAGUGGUUUUCUUUUAACUAUUCCUCUGAUUUCUUAAGCUCUGAUCUCUGUAGCAGCUGGGAGAAGACAGCUCUAUUUUAUGCUCUCUCAAGUUCCCAUUUCUCAUUAAUGCUUUUGUUCACCUGCUAGCAGCAACUGUGUUCAGUUUGUGGAGUCACAAAUCAAAGCUGUGUGUCUGCAUGAGAGAGCUGUUAGAAGUGUACCAACACAGCAAGGUUUUUCUGUUCAUUUCUGUUUUUCCUUCAUGACUGUUGAUUGCAUUACAUUAAUAAGUUAAUGAAAGCCCAGCAAUUACACUUGUAGACAAAAUGCUCAUUGACCAUUAGGGUCAAGGAGGUUUUCUUAGUUUUGAGACUUCCAGAUUUUAUCAGCAGGUGGUCGUACGCAAAUGAAAUUUAGUAAUUGGAAAUUGUUCUCUGUACAUCUUGCUACUCUGCAUUUGUUUAGAGAGACGUAUUGAUGUUCUGAGAUUCCAGUUACAUGCAACUGAGCUGUUUCCCUAUGCCAGCAAAACUACUAGCCUGCAUUGAAUAUUUGCUGCACAAACAUGCUUACGUUCAGUUCAAGAGGAGUCACUGAAUGUCAUAGCAUCACCAGCUUGCUCCAUGUAUGUUGUUGUCCAUUUAGUCCACCUACUUCCCUUUUUUUUUUUCCUUGUUUCUUUCCUUCUUCUCUGCUUACUGGAAUUGUAUUAGUGUCUGGCUUUGAGUUUGGAGGAUGAAGGAGUUGAUCACAUGUUUGAUUCACAGUGCAGAGACUUUUUUCAGUGGGAGGUCAGGGCUACCCUCUGAGGAAUGGACUGUAGACUUUGGGCUUCUCAGCAAAGAAGAGGCUGAAUGUCUCGGAGAACUGGAAAAAUUAGAAGUCUAAGUCACAAAUUAAUAUUCCAUCUGAUUUUGGUCUCCUAAGAUUCUUUGAAAAUGAGAAAUAAAGAGUUUCUGCCAGACGUUCCUCUGUUUCUUAAUACUCUUGAGUAUUAAGAAAUUUUGAGUGUUUGGAGCCACUCUUUUUUCCCCUUUACUUCAAAUCAUGUGAAGAACCCGUAAAACCCAAACUUGCAAUUCAAGCUUAUUGAUAAUCUUAUAUUAAAAUAAUGGGAUACUGGCAUGGCAGACAGGGAAAUCUCAAGGGUCCAUCUUUCAUUUUGUGCCAUCAAGUAGUUCAAAACAAGAACAGGACAUUUUUAAAAUACAGAACAGAGGUGGCUAAUUAUACUGAGAAUGUAUCAUCCUAAUACAAAGUAUGCCACGUACAGUUUGAGGACUGAGAUGUAGAAAUCUGUCCUUCACUGUGAAGGACAGCGAAGUCCUUGGGAGGAAGAAGAGGGGGAUGGUGGAGUUCCCUUUCUCUGCCAGCUUGCUGGUGGCUGGCUCCAGCAGCAGUAGCUGAGUCUGAAUUAGAGCAUUGCAGCAUUCUUCCACCUCCAUUUACAAAGGAAAACGAUUAGGUAUGCAUAUGCAAUUUUUUCUGUCUUCAAAACCAAGAGAAAGGAAGAUAGAAGACCCAGGGAUGGAGCUGUGGUUUGAUGGGUAGCGUGGCAUGCUUCAUGUGGCGUCAGGCUGGCUCCCAGGUUGAAAAAGGACCAGCUGCAGAGCUCGUUGCUUGGUGGGAAGGGAAAAGCUGUCUUCUUGAAUUCGUACAUCCUCUGAAGGUAUUUAACUUGCUGCGGAAGUGAAAGUGGUCAAGGGAAAAACAGCAGCGCAGAUAUCUGGACCUGAAAUUCAUGAACAUUGAAGGAAUACAUAAGGAAUAAAAUGCGUUAACUCUGCACACACUGUGAGAAGACUUGAUAAUACCUGGAAGGAAGUGGAAAGAAUUAUUUAACAGGAAGAUAUUGGACAGAACUGUUUACUGAAAUACUGAAAUACAGCUGAGGGGCUUGUGUGACUAAAAUGCUGACACGACUGGAUAACGUUCAAAGGAGAAAGUGGCAUUUGAUUUUCAAGCAAAGGGAGUGAGCAGGGUUUGCCACUCUUGAGAAUGGAUGUUUUAGCCAACAAGGAAUGAACGGACACAGUGCCUGCUGUUGACCACCAAAUAAGAAUAGAAAAUAUUUUUGCAUAGCAGAUAAAGGAUGUAUGCAGUGUUAGAGGAUGUCGUCCAAGGGGAUGCACUGUACUGAUUUUAUGGUAGCGAGAUGUUCUGGGGAUUUCUGGGGAAAGGAAAAAUAAAGAGGAGAUGGCUGUGAAGGAGGCUGUGUCUGACAUAAUUUUUCAAAAUAGGUCUGGUGCAAUUCUCUGCUAGCCCUCUCAUCUAAAAGGAGGCACUACCUGUGUCUUUUAGGCGCAAAGGAGAAAUUCCUGAGUGCUGCUGGCAGGAAAGAAGAGGAUUUGCAGAAGAUAACUGUGUAUAUAUCUUACUGAAACCUUAUAUGCGUACUGUAUGAAAAGCUUUGAUAGGAUCUCAGAUGAAGUCUUUAAAAGCAUUGGAAAA